CCGGCUCCAUGGCCGUGCGGGCUGCGCCGCUCGCCGCCACCCCGCGCAGGCCGCGCCCCGCCCUUGGCGCCGCGCGGUGACGCCACGCUGCGGCGCGGCCGAUGACGCUGUCCGGGACGCGCAGGGCCGCGCUACGGUGGGCAGCCAUGGCUCUGGCGCUGCGCUGUCUCCGGCCUCUCCCGGCGCUGCUGCUCCGCUGCUCCCGUGCCCUGCCCGGGGCGCUGCCCGCGGCUCCGCUGCCGCCGGGCCGCUGUGUGCAGCCGAUGCUGCUGAGCAGACAGCUGGCUACCAAAAGAGCUAAAGGUAAAGGGCAGAGUCAAGCCAAAGUGAAUAUCAGUGCUGCCCUAGUUGAGGAUAUUAUCAAUCUGGAGGAAACCAGUGAAGACAUGCAGGCAGUCAUAGAAGCUCUGAAAGAAGAUUUCAGCAGAAAUCUCAAUGUUAGAACCUCACCAGGGGCCCUGGAUCACAUAACUGUGGUGACAAAAGAUGGGAAGUUUCCGCUGAACCAGCUGGGGCAGAUCUCACAGAAGUCACCUCAGCUCAUGACAGUGAACAUGACCAGUUUUCCAGAGAGCACAGCUGCAGCUGCAAAGGCCAUAAGGGAGAGUGGCAUGAACCUGAACCCAGAGGUGGACGGGACGGUGAUCCGGGUGCCAGUUCCCAAGGUCACGAGGGAGCACAGGGAGAGCCUGGCCAAGCUGGCCAAGCAGUCCACCAACAAGUCCAAAGAGGCCCUGAGAAAGGUGAGGAGCAAAAGCAUCACCCAAAUAAAGAAGUCCAAGAGCAAAGUGUCAGAAGAUACCAUCUGGCUGCUAGAAAAGCAGAUCCAGCAAAUGGCAGAUGAGGCUGCUGCAGAGAUGGACAAGCUGCUGGCAGCAAAGACCAAGGAGCUGCUUGGAUAAACACCAUCCCAGUGCCACAGUGCCCCUGGAGCAGGAAUGCCACAGCCUCAGGGGUGGGCAGGGGCAGCCUUGGCUGCUCCCACUGCCUGCCCUGGGGUCUGCUGGAGGGAGGGGGGAGCUCUCCUUGCUGUCCUUUAUCCAGGUGGGAACAGAAGUGGAUGAGCUGAGAUUGAAAAUAAAAUAUCAAGAAGGAGAACUGGAAACUGCUGGAGGCACAGUGGAAGGACUGCCCUGCUCACUUUGUGCCCCAUCUUUGCCCCAUGCCUUCAGCCCCCUGGAGCCAGGCCAGGCACGAGAGGAACCUGCCUCUCCUGCUGCAAACCUCAGCAUUUAUUUCUGCUGGAAAUAAAGUCAAAAUGAGGUGUGGAGCAGCAGCCUCAUGACAGCCAGGUGCUGGCUGGUGUGUUCCCAAGCAAGCAUUUGCCCCUUGCCAUGGCAGCAGGGUGGGCAGGGGCUCCGUGGGGAGAGAACUGAAACCAGUGCUGUCAGCACAGCUGCUUUAGCCAGGACUGAGAAGACCUAAAGCCAAGACAGGAACUUCCCAAAAGCAGCAUCUGCCUCCCCAGCCUGAGUCUCUGGCACCAUAGCUGAGGGGCUGGAGGAGGUGCAAGCAGAGCAGGUCCUGAGCUCUUGACACAGCUCAGCUCCUCACAGUGAGCAGGUACUUCCAGGGCAGCAGGAGGCAGUGGCAGGAAGGUGGUGGCAGCCCCAGCCCUGCUCCCAAGGCAUUUGGGUUCAAAGAGCACCAAGUGCUCUGCACUCCUUAAAUAAACAACUCCCCAAAAGUUAGUUUGUGUGCCACGGGAAGGGGGAGGAGGAUGAAGGAUUUGCUCUGCUAGGGCCCCACAUGUCAACAAUUUCUCUGCUUUGUGUAUUUUGGCCAAAGCCCUUACCAUGAUAAAUGAAUAAAGGAAGAUGGCGAGCCCAGGGCGGUUCCACAGCUCGGGAAA